AUGCUUGUUUUACGCAAAGAAUCACCAGAGGAAUACUUAGAUGAAAUCAGAAAAGAAAAUGCACAAAAUUCAAAAAACUGUUUCGGAAUUCCAACAUUAUGUUCAGCGAUUCAUAAAUUCCGCUCAGCCUAUUUAGUCGAGGAACUAUUGAAGGACGGUGCUACGGUCAAUGCAUUUACUUGUAUGAAAGGAUUGAGGUUGAAUGGGAUUACAAGAAGCAGGUACAAACAAUGGGGAGACUAUUCUGCCAUCCAUCUAGCUGUUUCGCUGGGACAGCACGAAAUUGUUAGCUUAUUGUUGACCCACGGAGCCGAUCUGACAUCGAAGACAACUAAAGGAAUUUCGUCUCUAGAUUUCGUCCUUGAUCCGGAUAUUCGUUGCGAACCGAACGAAAUACAAAUUACUGAAAAGGAUGACUUAGAAAUUUUAAAAAUAAUGAAAAAUGAAGCCCUGGACUUGACUAGGAAAGACCAUAUUUCACAAUCAACUGUACUGCACAGAGCAGUUACUCGGAGAUGCCUUGAAAUUGUACGAUACCUAAUUUCAGUCGGAGUUGAUGUGAAUUGCAUUGAUCGAACGAGUAGUACACCUUUGCAUCAUUGUACAUGGAAUAAUAUGGAAACCCUAAGGAUUCUUCUCGAAAACAACGCAAAUCCGAACGCUCAAAACGAAUUGGGCAAUACUUUAUAUCAUCAUAUAUUUGGGCAUUACCGACGUAAAGGGAACGAAAAUCUUCUCCCUUUUCUACAUUUGUUGCACAAGUUUAAUGCAAAUCCAAACGUCCAGAACGAUGGUGGUGAGACAGCUUUACACGAAUGCCUUAAAAACAUUCAAUAUAUGCAUAAUCAGAUUAAAUCGGUAAAUUUUAUGUUACGACAAGGAGCCGAUCCAAACAUUAAGGAUAUUUUUGAAAGAACACCGAUUUAUCAUCUACUUUUUCUUCCAAAUUCCGACAUGUUAUAUUUGAUACGAUCAUUGUUAACUGCACUUAUUCAGUUUGGGGCAAGGUUAGAUCAUCUUGACAUCAAAGGCACUCCAUUGCUUCAUAUCUUAGUAUACGGUCAAUUUUUUCAUUCCAACCAAUUUGAUGCGCAAUUGUGGAAUGAAAUUCUUCAUCCGAAGUACAAAGUUAACCUCAAUGUACAAGAUUAUUGCAAUCGUACAGUACUUCAUUUUGCUGCAGCUGAAGGUGACUGGAAAUUCGGCGAGGUCUUUUUGAAGCAUAGAGGAAAUUUGGAUAUAUUGGAUUGUGAUGGAAACACACCUCUGGAUGUCGCUGUGUUGUGCAAGCAAUGGGAAUUCGCUAAGAAUGUGCUCCUCUGGCCAUUUGUAGUUGGUCAACGCAGAGAUUUUGGAGGGAAACAGGCUUCGGGCCAUAUUGAUGAAGAUACGACUAAGAAUACAAUAUCCAGCGGCAACUCUGGAUGUGAAAGUCUCCUUUUCAGAAGUUUAGCACUGGCUAACUACGACAACGACAACAACAACAGCAAUAACAACAACAAUAACAACAACAACAUCAACAACAACAGCAACGACGACAACGGCAACAACGGCAACAACAACAACAGCUACAACAACAACAACAACAACAGCAACAACUCGUUGAAUUUCAAUAACCAAAACCAAAGGCACUCUGGUGCGCUUAGGCAACUACAAAAAAGUAAUAGCAUGCCCUCACUUGAAUCAAAGAAGCGAGGCGGAACAAGCGUUAUUCCUUUAGGAUCGAGUGUGAAAUGGACGAAAGCCAAACUUGAUACGAUAGCAAAACAUGUUGUGAUAGAGGGCAAUCAUUUGUAUUUCACAACUGUACCACUUGAUCCGCUGUGCUUUUGGGAAAUUGAUUUAAGUCCUAAACCAAAAAUAUCCGAAAAUUUUUCAACACAGAUAAAUGAGUCUUCUUUGUUGCGUUUGUGUGAGGAGAACAGCCUGGAGUUUCACUUGACGAAGGCGUGUGGAGAAGAGCACUGCUUACUUGCUCAACAAGUGUUCAGUUUGGUGAGCGACUUGCUAACGAAAUGUUCAGAAAUGGACCCAAGGAUGAAGAGCAAAUUCCACUGGACUGGCAGCAGCUCAGAAGGAACAAAGAUGUGGUUACCAGAUGAAUUUGAUUUUGUAAUGGAGUUGGUUGAAUUGCAAGACUGCUGUUAUAUCGAUGAUAAUUUAAGGUAA